AAUGAAUUCCAAAUCGUAAUUUUCAUUUUAUUUUUCGACGCACAAAUGACAUUUCAAUGUGUCAAACUCUCAUGCUUUCUAUAUCUCGCACACAUACACACACACACAUACAUCACGAUACUGUGUUCAACAGCACGCACAAAUAACCAUACAUAGGACUGCACGAACAAAACACAUGUGUCAAACAACAAAUAAAAAUACAUUUUUAUUGGUAACAUAUAAAUUGACAUACAAAUUGACAGAUACCGAUGAUGUUGCGAUUGUUUUGAUUUAUAACGCAAAUAAAGGAGCUAGCGCAUACAUCAUAAUAGUUUUUAGAUAAAUUCUUCAUAUCUAAUUCAAAAUUUAACAAAUAAUUCUCAAGCGUUUGAAAUAUAUUUCAUCAUGAGCGUUGAGGGAUUUCAUGAUGAUUGUAUGGAAUUGAUCAACAACUAUUGCAGUCGAAAUGAAACCGAUUUUGAGCUAUUCUGUGACGAUUGGAAACAAAUGGGAUUUCAUUAUGUAUUUGCUGGACACACUUAUCAGCAUGAAUUACUAUUAUACACCGAAAAUUUAUUUACCGUUUUGAAGAAUAUUUUUACCAGUUUGACAACACUUAGCGAACGGUUGGCCACGCUCUAUUUGAUGUAUGCGAUGUACUUCAAGCAACCGACCAAAGAUUUUUGUAAGUUUCGGUUUACCCUAGCCGAUUGGAUGAAAAUGAAAAGUUUCUACGAUGCGAUCAACAGUGAGUCCACCACUUAUUUGCAAGCCCGUGCAAUUUUUUGGCGAUUAUGGCAGGGUAAUGCAUUUCGAUUUGUCGAAUGUGAUGUGGAACACUAUCCAGAAACAAUACAUUUACAUCGCUUGGGUAACGAUGGUUAUGGUGAUUUUCAAAAAAUAAAUUCCACAAUUGUGGCGGCAGUCAAAGAUAUACAAAAUGACAGUCGCGGAUUGAUGGGUGCCAUUGGAACAUUACAAAUUGGCUACAAUGAAAUGAAAGAUCAUUUGGCGGCCAAUAUGAAUGAAUGUGCGCACAUGCAGAGCAUCGAUGUCAUCAGUGACGUUAAUUCACAGUUGAAUAAGGUGCGAAAAAUGUUUGAAAAUCGAUAUGAACAACGAGUUGUAAAGAGAAAAGCAAGAGCCGGCCCACCGAAAAGGGCGAAAGACAUUGAAACUACUGAUGUUGAGAGUGAAACGUAUACAUCGUAUAGUGAAUCAAACGAUGAAUUAGAAUCGAUUUCCGAAAGAAGUGAAGGUGAUGAUACAUUUGAUGAAAACGUGAACAUGGCCACGAGACGAUAUAAUUUGAAGAAAAAAGCAUUGGAAAUUAAAUCGAUCGGCCUUCAUCGACUCAGAAGUACUGUGGUUGAAACAGAGAGCUCACCGAAGAAAAAACAGAAAGUGGCAGAUGCAGAGGGUGAUGAACAACGACCGUCGACAUCAACUGUGAAAGACCACGCAUCUAGUGAAAUCGAUGAUGACAGCGGAAAUAUUGUGAUAAUUAAACCGACAAAAACUUAUCAGCGACACUCGAAACAGUAUAUUAGCACGGUGCGCAAACAAUUUACUGAUUGUCCAAGUGAGGCUAGCGAGGAAAUUGACAAAAAAAGUACCCGAAAACGAACUAAACUGUAAGAACAAUAGAAAAAAACAAGGAAAACACAAAAUUGUUGGGUUCCAGGUGGUUUUCAAUAAAUGAAAAAAAAAAAUAAAAUAAAAAAAAACGAUUUACAACUCAUGGUCAGAAUUUUGAAGUAUGUUAUAUUUAUUGUGAACGUCAGCUCGUCUUGAUGAAAAUAAAUGAAGUUCUUUGUGAAUUUGUUGUGCCACUUUCAGAUCUUGAAUAAAGAAUUAUUUCAUUUGA